UGUGAGAGAGAGAGAGAUAGAAAGACAGAGUGUGUGUGAGAGAGAGAGAGAUAGAAAGACAGAGUGUGUGAGAGAGAGACAAAACGCACAGAUGAACAAAUUGCUUUGGUGUGAAGGCAUCAACGAAUCAUACAUUCGUAUAUUCUUGUAACACAGGCGGACUCUGACACGUGAACUGACAUACACAAACUAUAUAUAACGGAGAUGUGUGUAUAAAAUUCACUUAUGUAUCUCAAGAGACGUUCAGGAAUAUAGACAAACACAUUCUACACACAGUUUUCAGAUACUUAUACACCUACACACACUUACACACACAGACACAACUGAAAACUUAAAACUCGCACUGAUCAAAAACUUACAACUUUACUAAUUUCCUUCCCACUUUCUUCUGUUACUCUCUCUCUCUCUCUCUCCCCACCCGUUUUGUCUCUGUACGCAGCUUAUCUGUCUGUCUACCCCUAACUGUUUAUCUAUUCAUUCAUCUAAUUUAUUUUCAUAUAUGAUUUUAAUUACGAAAUCUUAAACACAAUCUUCAGCCCGAGGACGAACCCACCACUAGCGGCACUUACAGGCUAAAUGCUCUCAUACAGCUGACAACACACAGCAGAAUUGUUCACAUAGAUUUAUCCUGAAUGUUUCACAAUAGAAAACUAUCAAACUAACAAAAAUGUUAAGAAAUAGUUCAUUUGGGAAAUGGUUAAACCAUGUCCAGCCCAGGUGUGGACAAUCUCAGCAAAGCACACUUGAUAGUCCAGUGGAGGGUAAUUUCUCCUUGCCCCCCUACGAGAUGGAGGACACCAAGAAAGAGAAUAUCGCAAAUUUGUUUGAGAAGCUGGAUGUGUCUGGAGAAGAAGUCUACGUCCUGGCUUUGGAUAUCGGCACCACAAUGAUACGGGCUUACGUAUACGAUAGGAAUAUUAACAUUGUAGGUUCAUUUCACACGAAGGCAAAAUUACUUCAUCCUCAGCCGACGUUCUGUGAGAUUGAACCAGACACAUUGUACAAUCAAGUUCUAUAUUGUCUAGAUGGCUGUAUAAAAGAUUCUGGAUUGACUUAUAGCCAGAUAACCUGCAUGGGUAUGGCAACACAGAGGAACACUUUUAUUACUUGGGACAGAGAGACUGGUAAACCCUUCCAUAACUUCAUCACCUGGCAAGACUUAAGAGGAAAAGAAUAUGUCAAAGACUGGAACCAUUCAUACACAAUGAAGGCCUUAAACACAGGAGCAAAGCUAUUACAUACAUUCACCAGAAGUCCGCGACACUUAGCUGCCAGUGUUCUCAGGUUCCUAUCACCUCAAGUAACAAUGCGUCUAAAAUGGCUCUUGAACCAUAACGAACUGCUGAAAGAUAGACUUUAUCAAAACCAAGUGUUGUUUGGUUGUAUUGAUACAUGGCUCCUAUGGAAACUAACUGCCGGUCGAGUACAUGCCACAGAUUACUCUUGUGCCAGUUCCACCGGACUCUUUGAUCCAUUUCAGAUGGAAUGGAGUUCAGUGGUGUGCAAGUUACUGGACAUUCCCAUGACAAUCUUUCCUGAACUCAAAGACACAAGUGGAUUAUUUGGCAGGUGUGAUCCUCAGAUUUUGGGUGCUGCUAUCCCCAUCACUGGUAUUGUUGCUGAUCAGCAAGGAGCCAUGUUUGGAGACUGCUGUUAUACUGUUGGUGAUGUAAAAUGUACAAUGGGUUCCGGAACCUUCAUUGAUCUAAAUACUGGCAAUCAACCUCAUGCUUCCAUUGCAGGCCUAUAUCCAUUAGUAGGUUGGAAAAUUGGUUCUGAACUCGUAUUUAUAGCUGAAGGUGUAUCAUCAGAUAGUGGCUGUGUACUGGAAUGGGCAAAAAGUUUAAGUAUAUUUGAAGAAGAAUCCAAGCUAGCAGACAUUGCAGAAUCAGUUCCUGAUAACGGCGGGGUUUAUUUUGUGGCUGCAUUCAGUGGAUUACAGGCUCCAAUCAACGAUGACACAGCAGUAACAACUAUGAUAGGAAUGACACCAAAUACAGCCAAAGCACAUGUUGUAAGAGCCAUCUUGGAAUCAUUGGCUUUCCGUUUCAAACUUCUUUAUGAAACAAUGUUGACAGAGACAAAGUUACCAAUUUCAUCAGUAAGAGUCAAUGGUGGUGUCUCCAACAACAGGUUCGUGCUGCAACUGAUGUCAGACCUCACAAGCCAAGUGAUUGAAAAGUCAAAAUUUACAGACAUGACAAACCUUGGUGUAGCGUUUCUGGCUGGACUCGGUCAUGGUAUUUGGAAAUGUAAAGAAGAAUUGUUCAAACUACGAGGCUGUGAUCGGGUAUAUACACCUCAGAAAAAAUGGAACAAGUAUAAAAAUAUCUUCCGCACAUGGGAAAGAGCUGUUAACAGAUCUAAGAAAUGGUAUUCUCAGCAGUGAGUGGGUGCAUAAUUUUGGUGCAGUUGACAUUUUAUAUUAAAAACAAAUGGACCUAUA